AUGGCUCCGGCUGCCCUCGCUCUUCUCGCUCUCGUGCCCGCUGCGCCUUCUUCCCAUUGUGGCGAAGGUACAGGUUUCAACUGCGAUCCAGCCUCCCAUGCAGCGGGCAGGCUGUGUCAGCCCGCAACCGAGAAGCUGGGAUUGGCCGAGUCGACGUCACCGACCACGGCUUUCGCUACGGUAGACUUAGCCUCAAGCUUGGCUCGAGUGGCUCCUGCACUCUGGCUUGCUGUGAUCCAACGAGAGCUUUCUGCAGCGUUCAAAAGCAAAGGGCGGCGGGACCAAGAAUUCGGAAGCUUGCCGACAGAGGCUUUGACGGCCAGCGCUUGGAUUUCACAGGCUCUUCCCACCGCGCGCACCCACACGGCUUACCGGUCGCGGCGGCGUGGCCACGGACUGCAGGCAGAUGAUGGAUGCACGGUCGCACCGCCGGCACUCGACUCUGACGACAAAUCUCACCGCUCCUCUCACCGCCAACGUAUUGCGCGCCACCCUGCACAUCUGCAUCCGCCUCAGUUCGCUUCGGCGCUGCCCAGCACCCUCGCUCGUCCCUGUCUGUUCAAGCACCGCAUUGGCUCGAUACGCAAACCUUUGCGCUCCGGCAUCGCACACGCAUCGCACCAUCGACAAGCACACCGCACUCUUCGUCGUGUUGCGGCCCGUCCAUCUGGUCAUCGUUCGAUCCCUGCCUCGUCGUAUUCCAUGGCGGGACGCCUGCAUCGGUCGACGUCUAGCUGCCUUGUCUCGACCCCUUUCGUUCCCACCUCCUCCUCUGCCAAGCGCCUGCCACACCUCUCUGCUCUUGCAUCAUCAUCGGCCUUGAUACUGAUUUGCACCCUCGCUCCCCUCACUCUUUCCAUCCGCACGACUGCCAUGCGUCGCUUCGACCCGCAUCUCUCCUCUAUCGUCCAACGUUCCUCCAUCGUUCUGCCGGGCACGCCGCCUCAGUCAGGUACUACAACUCCGCUCACAGACGAACUGCUCCAAGAUACAUCGCUAAUCACCUCCACUGUGCAUGUCGACGCAGCCGACAAGCUGGCACCUCAAUCUGGCUCCACCGCUUCAUCGCUCUCCACCGAAACGGACAAGCCACGCUCCACUGCACCACAUCACCACUCUAUCUUAGCGCACUACCAGCACCGCGCAUCCCUCGCCAGCCUGCGCACCAGUCGUCCUCUCUCUUACUACGACCCGGGCGAGAACAAACCGCCCACCCCGCCCUGGGCUGACGCCCUGCCGCCCCCCUCCGGUCCCGGCUCCAUCGACAAUCUCUUGGAUUCCAGCGCAGCCAUGUCGCAGGGCCCUUCCAUGCCCCAGAUGUCGUUGCUCUCCCAGGCCAUGCAGCAGCAUCUCACCCGUCAGCAGAUGGACGCAAUGGCAAGCCACGAUCCCAACGCAGCCAGUGCCACGCAUACCCCCAGCGGCUCGGCGCUGCCUUCGCCGGCACUCGCGGGGCCGGGCUCGCCCUUCAGCUAUGGUCCCAUGCCAGCUGGCGCCGACGCUGCCUCGCGACCGUCUUUCCCUCACCAGGGCAGCUUCGGCGCCGCAGCAGCUCAGAUGCCGUUCGGCUCGUAUAUGUCCCAAUCACACAGCCGCAGGGCCAGCGGAUACGCCACCAACCCGCACUCGGCCGCCCCCAGCGCAGGCCCUUCGCGCUCCUCCUCACCCUCCCGAGCUGCGCAUGCUCCUUUGGAUGCGACAUCGGACCUCGCUUCGCACCCAGCACGCUCGUUCUCCGGCGCCAGCCAGGCGGGUCCAGAGUACGGCACCUCCUUCGGCAGCCAGCGCACCCACACCAACGGCGUCCCACACGUCAUGCCUGUUCACUCCAACCCUGCUGCCAUGGCCGGUCCCGGAUCGUGGACAGGUCAGCAGGGUCUCUCCUAUGCACCGACCCCGCAGAACUCGUUCGUUCCUAACCAAUCGGCCAUGCUUCCCCCCCACCACUUCCAGCCCGCAUCGCAUCAGCAAGCCUCCCUUUACCUGCAUCAGCCCCCGUCGCACCCGCAACAUCCGCAGCACCUGCAGCAACAUCCUCAGCAUGCUCAGCCUUUGGCCUUAUCGCACCAGCAGGCCGCCCAGUUCAGCAACUAUCGAGGCGGUCCAGAUGCCCUCCUCAGCCCAGAAGCUGUCACCUCGGCCGACUUUGCCGGUUUCUUCGCUUCUGCCGGAGGUGCAACAGCCGCCGCCGCUGCAGCAGGCGCAGCCCCUCUGACAGCUCCAUCAGCGGCCGAGAGUCGCCGUUCGACCCAAGAUUCUCGCUCCAGGCAGAGCACAGCCGCCUUCCCAGACGAGCUCGGUGUCGACGCGCUGCCAGGAAACCUCAACAUGAGCCGGCGCGGCUCGGCAGGGGCCGAGGAUGCAGCCGACGACGAGGAUCUCGAUCCCGACGAGAUGUCCAAGAAGGACCCGCUCGCCACGCAGGUCUGGAAGAUGUAUGCAAAGCAACGCUCGCAGCUUCCCAACGGCGCCCGCAUGGAGAAUCUCACCUGGAGGAUGAUGGCUAUGACGCUGCGCAAGAAGAAAGAGCAGGAAGCUGCGGAAGCCAAGCUAGCCCUCGAAGCGCAGUCUAAUGCGAGCCGAAGCCACGCAUCGAGCGCACGUCAUUCGCCCACUCUCUCGUCCAAAUCGGCAGGAGGCUCGCGCCGAAGCAGCGGCUCCUUCCCAGGUGAUCCAGCCGCGUUUGCUGGCGGAUUUACCGCAAUCCAGAGUGAUGCAUCCGAUGUCCCGGAGCAGCGUUCGCGUGCUGCAUCAGGAGCAGGUGCCAACGCCGUAAAAGGCAAGACCCGCUUUGCCGAGGUCAUUCAGCAAGAGGAGGAGGAACGUGGUCGCCGAGGACGCAGUCCUCGAACUCCAGAAAGCGCCGCCACCCCCGCCGGCGCCGUAGAUAUUGUCGACUGGAGGAUGAAGAGCAAGAGCCGCUCGCGCUCGCGCUCGGUAAGUGCAAUGGACGUCGAUUGGCGCGGGGUAAGCCGUUCGCGCUCGCGUGCGCCCAUGCGCCUGGACACGAUCGAUGACGAGGGCAACAUGGACGGCGCCGCCCUCUUUAGCCGAUCGGCGCCCAACGCCAACGCAUUCGACGGCUUCAACUUUGCCGACUUGGCGCAGUUCGACGGCACCGACGCUUUCGGCGCAUUCGACAGCGCGCUCGACACGGACGACUUUUCCGACCUGCUCCGUCCCAACGGCGCCAACGCUUCCCACAUGCCCGGAUACGGGGGCGCUUCCGCCAGCGGCAGUGCACGCAGAACCUCGAGCGCCGCACGCAAGGUGCAGAUGCAGAAUGCCUUCCGCAGCGCGGCUAACACGGACCUCUUCGGGGCCGAGUCGGACGCAUGGUCGGCCGCAGAAGCCGAAUCUUCUCGAGCCGCUGAGCUCAGGAAGGCGAGUAUGGACAUGGCCUCGAUCGGCGCUGCCAACAGCUUCGGCGCCCCCUUUUCGACGCUCGACAGCAUCCCAGGCAUUGGCGACUUUGUCAGCAUUGCCGCCAACCAGCACCCGGAGUACGGCUUCUUGCCCCGCUUAGUGCGAAAGACGAGUUUCGACCACAAGGUGCGCGAGAGGAGCAUGUCGCGAGGUCCUCGCAGGGAUCAGCUCGCCGCCGAGGCUGCCAACAACCGCAAGAGGCCGUUCCGCGACGAUCUUUCCCCGGCACGCCCGCCCAUGCAGAUCCCCAUCACCAUCGAUCAACGUAUUGCGGCGGGUCUGUCUCGAAACAUCGCCUCACUGGGCUCGCGCGGUGCGCCGACCUCGUCGCUGUCGCUAUCGAGCGUGCCUUCAGGUAGCUUCGACUUUGCUGUGCCGCAACCUGGCUCGCAUCCGCACCAGCAAUUGCCGCUCGGAGCCAACACGGCACUCGGACACCCGACGAAUCGUAGUCACGAAACUGCCACCGACUUUGACAGCUUGCUCGAGACACUUGCUUCCCAGGCGGGCACGCCGACCACGAACCUCAUGACCGGCGCCAGCGCCUCGCCUCAAACGGCACUAGGCAGCGGGUCGGGUGCUUCGCCCAUCACUCUGCCUAACGGCGCAGCAGCAGCUGGCCAGCAGAACCCGGCGGACCUGGAAGCGAUCAUGAACAUGUUCUACAACUCGGACGCCGGUCUUGGCGGACCACAGCCGUCGUUUACGCACAUCAACCCGAACCAAGUCUUCGGGGGCCCCAUCGACAACAUGGCGAGCUCGCUCGGCAACCUCACAGCUUCGGGAGACGAAGCGUCGUCGAAUUGGACGUAUAGCCCGUCGAGUGGCGCGCCGUCCAACGCAGCUACGCCGCCCGGCCUACAGCACCACGGUCAGUAUCAUCGCUCGCCGCUGUCGGGCAGCGCCAAACGAGAGCUGGCGCUUGCCCCCGAGUCAAGUGCUUCGGCUGCCUCGCGGUCCAACGCGUCGCCAAGCAUGCAGGCGAUCCAGAAGGCGGCUGCGAUGAGCGAGGCUUCCCGCGGCAAGAAGGUCGGUUCCGGACCGAUGCCUGGCGGUCCAGGCGAGGCUGCUCGCGGUGGUCCGGGUGCCGGACCGGGCCCAAGUGUCAACCUCAAGGACCUGCCCUCGGCGAGCUCGAUGGCGACGGCCGACCCCCCUACAGUGUGCUCCAACUGCCAUACGACCAAGACGCCGCUGUGGCGACGCGAUCCCGAGGGCCAGCCAUUGUGCAACGCCUGCGGCCUCUUCCUCAAGCUGCACGGUGUUGUGCGACCGCUCUCGCUCAAGACGGACGUGAUCAAGAAGAGGAACCGCGCCAGCGGUGCUCAGCGCGCCGACGCGCGAGGACGCGGUUCGUCGGGUGGCGGAAGCGGCAACGCCAACAUCGCUCCUGCAGGCGGCGCCAACGGCACGGCCAAGAACGGCACGGGCAGCGGGAAUGCAGGAUCUGGACAGGGCUCAGGCAGGAGCAGGACAAACACGAACGUGUCGGUCGCGGGCAUCAGGACGGGCAACGUCCCGAUCGCCCCGGCGCCGACACCGCCUGUCUCGUCGCCAGGCAGCACGGGGCUAGGGAGCUCCGCCAAGGUCGAGAAGCGCCAGAGAAACAAGCUGAGCAAACGUGAUGGCUCCAGUCCGUCGGACAGUGCACGCCCCCCUUUCGCUGCCGCAGAGUUCUUUGCAUGGGGGCCUCUGAGGCGCCACUCGUCCUUGCGCAUCCCCACAGCGCGUGACCCACCUACUCCACGCUGCCCAACCAAAGACACACUCCAAGCCAAGUGCAUAGGCGCGUCGACGCCAGCUACGGUGCGGCAGCAGGACGCGAUGCCAAACGAGGUGGCGGCGGUGUGA